AUGAGUGCUGAAGGAAGUCCGGUAGACAAUUUAGAUACCAUUGGAUUGGAGGGAGAUUCUGCUGAAAAGCUGGGAAACGUCGAAGAUAGUCCUGGUGAAUUGGACUAUGAGAUAGGCGAAUUGAAUGAGGGUGUUGAGGCACCACAAGACGAGGAAGAACAACAAGAACAAGAACCACAGGCCGAUGGUGUCAUCAUCGAAGAACAAUCUGAACAGAGACCAGAAGAUAACAAUGACGAAAACGGUGGUGAAGACGAGGAGUUGCCUGAAGUCGAUAAUGACGUAGACUUGAGCCAAUUGGACGAAGUUGCUAACGCUGACGUGAAUGGACCAAAUGAUAUAGAGGGCUCCAUUCCAGACAACAAGCUUGAAGCUGCAGGAGACAUUGCUGAUGAAAAAUUGGGUGAAAACUUCGAACAAACUCCACAUGUAGCAGCUUCGAUUGAGGGUCAAGAUGAAUCAGAAAGUAUUACUGGUAAUAAUGAAAUUGAUAUUGGUGGUAUUGGCGAGCUUGAAGAUUUCAACGAGGCAAAUGAGCUCAAGGAAGACUUCGACUUGGAUUUCCAAGAUGAGCAAGAGGGAAAUGAAGAUCAAGACGACCAAGAAGAGGCCGAUGAUGUAGACGAUAGACCUAUGAUUGACGAACUCAACGAAGAAGUCUCAUUCGAAGACAAUGCCGAUCAAUUACAGAAUAAACAAGAAGGAAAGCUGGGCGACAAUGAAAUAAAAGAAAAGUCGGAUGUUGAAAUGGAGGAUGCUGAAUUGAAUGGCUCUGUUGAAGUAGAAGAGAAACUGGAAGGUAUCAACGGAACAAAGGAUGACAACGAGAUCAAGGUUGAAAAUGCUGAAGAGGAUGAAGAUGACGACAGUGCGGAACAGGAAUUCACGAAGUUGGAAGACGGUGCCACUGAGCCAACUCCUUCAAUUGAGCAAAGACCCGUUCCUGAAGAAAAUCCUGAAGAUAUUCAAACAGAACUUGAACAACCCGAUGAAGUUAUCCCAAGCGAGCCUGUAAUUCAAAAACCGCCCAUCAAGCAGACCCAUGCUAUUGUGAUUCCGUCUUAUUCUUCUUGGUUUAAGAUGAAUAAGAUUCACAAACUUGAGAAGGAUUCGCUCCCCGAAUUUUUCAAUACAAAGCAUACUUCCAAGUCACCCAAGAUAUAUGCAAAUUAUCGUAACUUCAUGAUAAAUGCGUACAGAUUAAAUCCUAACGAAUACCUCACACUCACAUCUUGCCGUAGAAACUUAGUUGGGGACGUGGGAACGUUAAUGAGAGUUCAUAAAUUUCUUAAUAAGUGGGGUUUAAUUAACUAUCAAGUUAAUCCAAUCUUCAAGCCAGGCUAUGCAAUUGAGAAGUUACCAAACGGUCUGUCUGUUGGAUUGCCAUAUACUGGAGAUUUCCACGUUCAAUAUGACACGCCAAGAGGAUUAUUCCCCUUCAAUACCUAUAAGGCAAGCAGUGAAAAUAUCGACAUCGGAAAAUUAAAAGAAUUCUUGAAGAAAUCUGAAAAAAGCGAAAAAGGUGAUGAUGAAAUUGUUUCUAGUAAAAGAAGCGGUGAUGUUUUGGAAUCCAAGAGAUUAAAGGCCACUAAAGUGAACGAUUCUUGGACUUCCAAGGAAAUAUCGAAGUUGGUUACUGGAAUUAAAGAAAACAAGAAUGAUUGGUAUAAGAUCGCCAAAGCUGUGGGUACCAAGAGUCCUGAAGAAUGUAUAUUGAAGUUUUUGAAAUUACCAAUUGAAGAUGAAUAUGCUGAUGGUCAAUCAGCUUCGAACAUUUUGAAGUAUGCACCUAACUUCCCAAUCAGCUCAGUUGAUAAUCCUGUUCUCAGCAACUUAGCAUUCAUGACACAACUUGUUGACAGUGAAGUUGCUAGAGCUGCCAGUGCCAGGGCCCUGAAGGUUAUCGAAGAGCAAUCGCUUGAAAAGAUAAAAGAAGUAUAUGGUAGCGAGGAGAUGGAGAAAAAGGUUGGAGAAGAAAAAUCUGAACAAGAGGAAUCUGAAACCAAAGAAGCAAUUAAGGAAGAGAAAGAUUCGGUUCAGGAAGCCUUGGAAGAAAGUAAGGAAAGAAAAGAGGACGAUUUGAGCGACAUAUUGAAAGACGACGACCUUGAAAUGGAAGAACCAGAAGUAGCUCAAGAAGUAGUUCAAGAACGGGAACAAGAUCAAGAGCAAGUACAAGAAAAGGAACAAAAACAACAACAGCAGAAUGGCCAUUCUAACAUUCACACACCUGCAAUGACCACUCCUCCCGCAGAAGAUGAAGAUGAAGAAAAUAAUGUUUUAGCUGAAGCUAGUGCCAAUACAUUUGGUAUCGUCGGUGCAAGAGGUCAUUUAUUUGCAAAUUACGAAGAGAGAGAAAUGAACAAACUUUCUAGUAUCAUCGUAAACCAACAAUUAGCUAAAGUUGAUUUAAAGUUGAAAAAAGUUGAAGAAUUAGAGAAGACAUUCGAAAAAGAGCGCCAAUUUCUUGCAAAACAACAAGAGGAAGUUUUUAUUGAUAGAUUAGCACUUAGUAAAUCAACUAUUAAGAUCACUCAAAAGUUGAAUGAAGCUUUGAAAUUGCUCCAAAAAGCUCAACAGAAAAAGCCAUCUCUGGAUAAAGCACUGACACCUGAGGUUAGAGAAGCCACUCUUGAAGAAGGCACAAGUCAAGUUUUGGAUGAAGAAAUGCCUAAUGGAGAAGAAGUUGUAUCAAAGGAAGAGAGCUUGUCUGAGAAGCCAAUUCCAACGACUGAGGAAAUAACUGGAGACGCAAAUACUGACGAACUCUUCGCUGAAGACACACAAGAUAACAAAGAGUCAAUAGAAAGUGAUGUUCCAGCUCAAGAAGAUCCUAUGGAGGUUGAUCUUGAAGACAAAGAAUCAUCUAAUGCCGAGGCACCAGGGGAAACUAAGGAAGAAAAGGAAGAAAAGGAAGAAGUAGAAGGAGAAGAUACAGUAAAAGAAGAAAAAGAAAAGGAAGUUGAGGAAGACGGAAACAAAGAAAGAGAAGAAGGAGAAGAAGUUGAAGAAGACUCCAGCAAGCAAAUUCAUCAGGAUGAAGUAUCUGUCGAUUCCAAGGAAGACGAAAAAGAAAAGGAAAUACACUCGAACGAACCUGACGACAACCAGGCUACUUUGGAAGGCAUUUCCUCUUUGUUAUUGGAAGUUCAAAGCUUAUUAUAUAAAUCUUCUAGACAAACGUUGGCAAAGUCCAAUAAUGUUACUCAAUUAGCAGAAAAUGGACUCCUCAAUUUAUCUACCGAUAAGGAAUCUGAAAAGCCUGAAGAUAUAAAACCUUUAUCAAUUGACACACCACAGGCAUUUAAAGUGUGGGCCCCAUAA